UGUGUGGAUAGCCACACAAAUGAAAUGAAACCCCCCUCCCUCCUUUAGAUUUCACGCACUCUCAAAAUCCACUUCCCAUAACUUGACUGUCCCAAAACAAACACAAACACGCACACACACAACAGAUUAUAGAAUCAAUCCAUUCAUGGCUACUAUGCUCCUGGUCCCUCCCCAUCCCCCUCUCUCUUCUCCCAACAGUCUCUUCUCUCUCCACCCCCUCCUCCGUCUUUCCCCUCUCCGCACCACCACCACAAGAACCGUCAGACCGCUCUCGGUAUCGUCGGCCUCCUCCUCCUCGAGUGCUCUCCAAGCUCUGAUAUUUGACUGCGACGGUGUCAUAUUGGAGUCCGAGCACUUGCACCGCCAAGCUUAUAACGACGCUUUCUCUCACUUCAAUGUUCGUUGCCCCACCUCCCCUUCCUCCUCCUCUCAGCCCCUCAAUUGGGACUCCCACUUCUACGACGAUCUCCAGAACCGCAUCGGUGGUGGCAAACCCAAGAUGCGAUGGUACUUUAAGGAGCACGGUUGGCCAUCUUCGACCAUCUCUGAGACACCUCCUGAGGACGAUGCUGACAGAGCAAUGUUAAUUGAUACUCUCCAGGACUGGAAGACUGAAAGAUACAAAGAAAUUAUCAGAUCUGGGACUGUGGAGCCCAGACCUGGAGUAUUGAGAUUGAUGGAUGAGGCCAAGGAUGCUGGUAAAAAAUUAGCUGUCUGCUCUGCUGCAACUAAAAGUUCUGUUGUGCUCUGCCUUGAGAACCUUAUUGGAAUUGAGCGCUUCAAAAGUCUUGAUUGCUUCCUUGCAGGUGAUGAUGUCAAAGAAAAGAAGCCUGAUCCUUCAAUAUAUUUGACAGCUGCCAAGAAGCUAGGCCUGUCGGGGAAAGAAUGUUUGGUGGUGGAAGAUUCUAUCAUUGGGCUACAGGCUGCGACAAGUGCUGGGAUGUCAUGUGUUAUUACUUACACAUCAUCAACAAGUAACCAGGAUUUUAAAGAUGCAAUAGCAAUCUACCCCGACUUGAGUAAUGUUAGAUUAAAAGAUUUAGAGUCAUUGCUUCAGAAUGUUGUCGCAGCCACUUAGAGAAUCUGUUUAUCAAAAAAAUUCUGGUGGGUUGUUGAGCAUUGGUUGCAGGUAUCUUUGUGCCUUUGGCAUCACACUCUGGUCACCACAUUAUUUAAUUUUUCAUUGCAUUUCAGGCUAAACAUAUUUUGAUUUGACAAAAAUCAUAAAUUUGAAUGGUCCUAUCCUGUAUCUUGCAUUCAUUCAUAUUCCCAAGGUGCAUAAUUGUAAAUAUUUGAAUGAUUUGUUAGGAAGAUGUAAUUAAGUCCCUGCUCUCUCUCUCUCUC